AUGAAUCGAGACAUGUACAGCGCUCAAAACCAGGCGUCAAACCUGUACCAGCAAUCCCAGCCAACGUCUCAAACCAUCUGGCAGCAGCAGAUGGCCGACAGCAAAGGAUGUAACUCCAACAGUAGCAAACCUUUACUAAUGGCUAAUAACAAUGUCUUCUCGAUAGGGCCCUACAAAAAACGGAAAGAUGCGAACCGAGUAUCAGUAGUAGAGAAGUAUGAAAUCAUCGGGUACAUUGCAGCAGGUACGUACGGAAAAGUUUACAAGGCUAGAAAGAAGAACCUUACUCCAAACGGAUCUACUUCGUCGUCAACCGAUAGCGAGGUCUCAUCCGUACCGGUAUCAAAAAAUCCUCCACCAAAUGGCCAUGAAGCCCUUGACGUUAACUCAAUCAACAAGUCUACAAGAGUUCAGGAUCCUAGCACGUCAUCGAUGUCAAUCAAUGCUCAACAAGAAAUGCAUUCUGAUCACAAAGUCCAGAGUUCAAAGAAAUCCCACGAUAAUAACACUUCUGGAUCCAUUAUGAUUGGCCCUCCCCUCAUGAAGUUACCGUCCCUUUAUGCCAUCAAGAAGUUUAAGACUGAACGGGAAGGCGUGGAACAGUUACAUUAUACAGGCAUUUCGCAAAGCGCAUGCCGAGAGAUGUCAUUGUGUCGAGAACUGCGAAAUAAACAUCUCACACAUCUUGUGGAGAUUUUCCUUGAACACAAGAGCAUUUAUAUGGUAUCCGAGUUUGCUGAACAUGACCUACUGCAAAUUAUACAUUUCCACUCUCAUCCCGAAAAGCGGCUCAUCCCGCCCAGGAUGCUGAAAUCGAUUCUCUGGCAAAUCUUAGACGGUGUAUCAUAUCUUCAUCAAAACUGGAUUCUACAUAGAGAUUUGAAGCCUGCAAAUAUCAUGGUUACAGUAGACGGGUGUGUCAAGAUUGGUGACUUAGGUCUCGCGAGAAAAUUUCACAAUAUGGUUCAGACAUUGUAUACUGGGGAUAAAGUUGUUGUUACUAUUUGGUACCGAGCACCUGAACUAUUACUCGGUGCACGUCACUAUACUCCAGCAAUUGACCUCUGGGCUGUAGGAUGUAUUUUCGCAGAACUUAUUGGGCUUCGACCCAUCUUCAAAGGGGAAGAAGCGAAGAUGGACUCAAAAAAAAGUGUCCCAUUCCAAGCAAAUCAAUUACAAAGGAUAUUAGAGGUUCUUGGAUCACCUACGGAAAAGUCCUGGCCGGACAUAUACAAGUACCCUGAAUGCGAACAAUUAUCUAAAUUUCCGCGUUAUAGAGAUAACUUGCCAGUGUGGUACCACUCAGCUGGUGGCCGGAACAAAGAAGCUUUGGAACUUCUGUACCAACUGCUGCGAUAUGACCCAAUUACCAGAAUAGAUGCUGUUGAUGCUUUAGAACAUCCAUACUUCACAAAUGAAGCUCCCACCGUGUGCGAAAACGUCUUUGAAGGAUUGAAUUACAAGUACCCACCGAGACGAAUUCACACGAAUGAUAAUGAUAUAAUGAACAUUUCCAACACCAAGGCCAAAGCCACUGCAACGAACCCUCAGGCGAUCGCAUCUAAGAACGCUGCCAACGCUUCAUUAGGGGGGCUAGGCGUAAACAGAAGAAUACUGGCAGCAGCAGCAGCAGCAGCAGCAGCGGUAUCCGGAACCAACUCUUCAACUCGACCAGGCUCGUCAACUAAUGUGACCGGACCAUUAAGGAAGAAAAGAAGAUGA